AUAACAAAGACAAAUGUCAGUCCUGUCAAAUAUCAAUCAACAGUUGAUAAAUUUUUUGUUGGAUUAAUUUUUGAUUUAUGAGAAAAAGAAUCUCAAUCGGGGUGUUUCCGAGAAGAGGUGACAUAUUUUCUAAAUUUAUGUUCAAUAUUUUAACUUUAUAGUGCUUAAAAAUACAAAAACGUUUUGAAGGUUAUGGCUACCGGAUCGACACGCAGAAUUUUAGUCGAAACAAAAAACCUAUCCAAAGACCCACCACCCGGUAUUAGCGCAACUCCCGAUGAUAAUAACUGUAGAUAUUUUCACGUAGUAAUGGCUGGCCCCAACGGAUCACCUUACGAAGGCGGUUUAUUUAAACUGGAACUGUUCCUCCCAGAAAACUACCCUUUGUGCCCCCCAAACGUGCGAUUUUUAACGAAAAUCUACCACCCCAACAUCGACAAACUUGGUAGAAUAUGUUUGGAUAUCUUAAAAGACCAGUGGUCACCGGCUUUGCAGGUCCGGACAGUUUUACUGUCCAUUCAAGCCCUACUGAGCAGUCCCAACCCAGAUGACCCCUUGGCAAACGAUGUAGCAAAUAUGUGGAAGACUAGAGAACAAGAAGCAAUCCUGAAAGCUAAGGAAUGGACAAGAAUGUACGCCGCCGAAUGAGUGUAGACUCUUUGUGUGCAUAUAAACUUUUGUCAGUGUCAGGUCUAUAACUGACUGUGAUAAACCAAUGUGUUAUUUAGAUUCUAUCCGUAAUUCCUCUCGAUUGUUUAGUUCAGAUUGACAUGCCAAAUGUAAGUGUGUGUAUUUCCUGUAAUGGUUUUUUUAUCGAUCAGUUUUUCUACAUGAAUUAUACAUUUAACAGUA